AGGCGGACGCAUUAACAGCCAGUGUUAAUGUUAUAUUUGCUGGGCGUAUUUAACAAGAAAGAUGAACAAUUUGGUGUCAGCGAGCUUGCGACACGGCGAAGACUUCUGAGAGGAUAGAGUGGAUUUCGGGAUGUGUGGCAUGGACGUGGACCUGGAUGAUGGAGGCUCAGGUGAGGAGGACAAGGAGGAAGAGUUGUGGAUGGGCGAGCGAGUCAAGAUGCUGCCCCCUCCCGUGGCUCACAGUGGAGGUUCUGCCUGGGGCAGCCAGAGAGGAAGGUGCGGUUGUCUGGCAUGCGGGGCGGCUCUGGUCCUUUGGGACGUGUUGGUGGUCCUCGCCGGCGCUCUGCUCCUGGUUGUGGUUUUCUCCGUGGUGCUGCUGCCGGCCGUGCUUCCACUCUAUGCCGGAUUCCUUUGUCAUUCCAGGAUUCUGAACGGCUCGUCAACUGUCUGCCGUUACCUAGACGACAACAGCAGCUCAGCCCUCAUCAUUCUCGGCUUUGUGAUGAUGUCGCCGCUUGUGGUCGUGGCGGCGGCGGUUUUCUGCGGGCUGCUGCGGAGGUUCCGACUGCUGCUUUUCAUCCAGCCAAUCACCCGUGCACGGUAUCGGGGGCGGCUCAUGGACUGGGUGGGCGGCGUCCAUGCUUGGGUCUGAUGACUGACAUGAAGAGGGCGAAUAUAAGACACCAUGUUGAGUGGAAGGUAGCUUUUUUUUGACCACAUAUAGUAGCAGGGGUGUCCAAAAUGCGGUCUGGGGGGCCAUUUGCGGAACGUGGGAGAUUUCAAAAUAUUGCUGGGUUGGCAGCCUUGCCUCACGGAGAGACGGGGGACCAAACAAGCAUAUUCGGAAAUAGAUAAAAAGGUAGAAAAUUGUUAAUAUAUUUCGGAAAACACUAAUAACUACUUAGUGUUAUUAACUAAAAUCCAAUUAUUCAAUAAAUCCCAUAAAUAAAUGUACAGUCGUACCUCAUAAUAUUGCAGUUUUAUUAUCGUUCCCUCGCUAUAUUGCGUAUUUUCGCAAAUUAAUAACUAAAUGAUGCUGCUGUUUUGUAGUAGAUUAUGGUAUUUUAGUCGUCAAAACAUAUUGAAAUAUAUAAUAUUUUGGUUAAUGUUACUUGGAUGAGACAUCCAUCCUCAUGACAUUACCCUACCUUCACUCGAUGUAGCCCGCCAUGGACGCAGAGUGGAAAAAGGUUAUCCUCCCAUUAUGUGUGGAAGUGGUACAUUUGUGCCUUUUUACUGUGUCCUUUUUCUCUACUCCAUUUGGAACACUUAAGUUCAGAAGAAAUAAAUAUGAGGCUAACUGCUUAGUUCACUAGCUUGCUAGCUGGUAGAGUCCCUGUAGCGUUAAUGGUUGUACAAUUUUGUGUAAACAAUGGAUUAUACGAGCGUAAAGGUGACUAUAGGUGUGUCAUUUCAAGUGUGCAGAGAGGUUCCCUGGCUAGCAUAUCUACAUGCUUUGGUUUACCAAAUGUCAAAUAUCAAAGUGUCUCCAGUAUCCUUUGAUUACCAGGAUUUUGAUUUUGAUUACCGAAAAGUUUGGACACCCCUGUUAUUUACUGUCGACACUCACCGGUCUUACAAAAUAUUAAUCUCCGUUUUGAGAGAGUGAGAGUUAAGAAUGUGAAAAUGUAACCUUCAUCACUUUUGUAGUUACUUAAAGGGGCCCUAUUGUAGCGUUCGGUGACAGCGACCUUGCCAGGAAUUUGAUUCUAAAGCAGGGGUGGGCAAACUACGGCCCGGGGGCCACAUCCGGCCCGCCAAGUGUUUGAAUACGGCCCGCCCAAUCUUUCAAAAGUAUUUCAUUUAAACUCAACAUACAACCUGGCAUCAUGGCCUGAGCCAACCUUUUCAUGGUUGUAUCAAUUUCGUUGUUUGACAUGGUCUGUUGUUUACAAAGUGCUCCUGAAAAAAAGAGACACAAGCAUAUAAUAAUAAUAAAAAUUAAAAUAAUAAUUAUUAUUUUAUUAUUAUGUAAAAUAUGCAAA